AAAGGCAUCGUGGGCGGUGCGCGCUCCAGGGACGCGUGCGCGCGCGCCCAGCAUUCCGCGCGAGCCAGAAGGCAGAGGGAACGCGAGCAGACUGCACGCCUGGCCCAGCGAGCGAGCCCCAGCCGGUGAGCGGGCGAGCGAGAGGGCGAGCGCCCGUGGAGCCCGCGUGGAGGGAGCCGCCGAUUGAGCCCCAAGAUGAACACCCUGCUGUCGCGGGCCAACUCGCUGUUCGCCUUCACGCUGAGCGUCAUGGCGGCGCUCACCUUGGGCUGCAUCCUCACCACCGCCUUCAAAGACAGGAGCGCGCCAGUGCGCCUGCACGUCUCCAGGAUCCUGCUCAAAAAAGUGGAAGACUUCACUGGACCCCGGAAAAAAAGCGACCUGGGCUUCAUCACGUUCCACAUCUCGGCCGAUCUGGAGAAGACUUUCGACUGGAACGUCAAGCAGCUCUUCCUCUACCUCUCUGCAGAAUACUCCACCAAAAGCAACGCCGUGAACCAGGUGGUCCUCUGGGACAAGAUCCUUCUGCGAGGCGAGAACCCCAAGCUGGAUCUGAAAGAUGUCAAAAGCAAGUAUUUUUUCUUUGACGACGGACACGGUCUCAAGGGAAACAGGAAUGUCACUUUGACUCUGUCCUGGCAAGUUAUACCGAUUGCUGGCAUUCUGCCUCUUGUGACUGGAUCCGGACGCGUGUCUGUCCCGUUUCCAGAUUCUUAUGAAAUAGCCACGGCUUUCUGAAGAACUCUCUCUGCGUCUGAAUAGGGACAUCUGUGUGCUUAAGGAAUCAUAUUUCUUUCAUGUUUUCCCUCACACCUUGAUGACUUCUUUUGUGUUUUGUUUCUUUAUUUUAAGACGUGCGGUUUUUGUGUCUGGGACUGGCUGAAUUCCACAUCCUCUUGCUACCAUUUACCUAACACAGAGACUGUUUUCGUGGAUCUUCUUAGUGUGACAGUUGUUAGGUUUCCUUUCUUGUAAGGAUUAACAUCAAAUUGUAUAGUUGGAGGGAGGGACUGACAGAGUACUCCAGUUAAAAGAAUUUUGCCAGAGUAGAAUAUGACCAGACAAUUGCACAAAGAGGAUUGAAAAGAAUAUGCAGAUUUAUCGCAUUUACUAUGUUAUUCUGUGUGUAAUAUAAAAUGUGUUUGGAGAGAAUUUGAUGAUUCGGUGUAUGGUUGCUGUCAUAAUAACUCCUUUUAUUCCUGACAUUCCUUGUAGGCUCACAUUGAAUGCCGUUUACUUAUAUCUUUAGGAUGUGUUUGAUUACCAGGAAAAUUACGAUUUGCUUCUUAGAAUUCUGACAUAGAAAAAUAGUUAAAUACGAAUGAGAACAAGAUUUUACUCCCAUUUCAGAAAUCUUAAUGCUUGUCUUUCUUGCCAGCAAAUAAGUCCAUUUGAAUAGUGAAUACCUCUUUAGGCUACAAACAAUAACUCACUUCAUAUCUUUAAAUAAAUGGAGUGUGUAGCUUACAGUGUUUUCUCUACAAAGAUUGCUGUGCAUUGUAUCUUUGCAAAUGUUUUACCUCUGUAACUGAAAUUUGAAAUUUUUUGCAUGCUUAACAAAUGUGAUGAGUAUGUUCUAGUAUGUUUAAUGCCUUUAAAUAAAUUCUAACUGCUUAAAACA